GUGCAUAUUCCCUUUGGAGGCUGUUUUACUGCCGGUCGGAGCAGUGGUUGAGACGGAUUUAGGAGGCUCUCUUUUGUAGUAAAGUACUUUCAUAAAGUGGGAAAUCUUCAAAAUGGGAACCCGAGACGACGAAUACGACUAUCUUUUCAAAGUGGUGCUGAUCGGAGACUCUGGUGUGGGGAAGAGUAACCUGCUGUCCCGUUUCACACGGAAUGAGUUCAACCUGGAGAGCAAAAGCACCAUUGGUGUGGAGUUUGCCACCCGCAGCAUCCAGGUGGAUGGCAAGACAAUAAAGGCCCAGAUCUGGGAUACAGCUGGACAGGAGCGUUACAGAGCCAUCACUUCAGCGUACUACCGGGGGGCAGUGGGGGCUCUCCUAGUGUAUGACAUCGCCAAGCAUCUCACCUAUGAAAAUGUCGAGCGCUGGCUGAAGGAGCUCCGGGAUCAUGCUGAUAACAACAUUGUUAUCAUGCUGGUGGGCAACAAGAGUGACCUGCGCCACCUCAGGGCAGUGCCCACAGACGAGGCUUGUGCUUUUGCAGAGAAGAAUACGCUAUCAUUUAUUGAAACAUCAGCUUUGGAUUCCACUAAUGUGGAAGAGGCAUUCAAGAACAUCCUCACAGAAAUCCACCGAAUCGUAUCACAAAAGCAGAUAGCUGACAGAUCAGCACAUGACGAGUCUCCAGGCAACAAUGUAGUGGACAUCAGUGUCCCCCCCACCACCGAUGGGCAAAAAAACAAACUACCGUGCUGUCAAAGUCUGUGACCCUCAAUACCACCGUCCCACAUCCACUCCUCACUCUCUUCAUCUGCUUUUCUCCUGGGUGUUGUGCUGUUGCUGUCUCCUCCUCCAUGUGUUUUAGAAGUCUCCUAGAAACCUUGACUUUCUAGAUAACAUUCCUUUUUCACUUUUCUCAUGUUUGUUGUUUGUCUGUAUGCUAUCCUCUAACGUCAACUUGUCUUUUACUAAGUGAUAGGAUUUUUUUUGGGGGGGGUUGUAUUCAGGCUCUGAUCAUGUGACCCAAUCCUGUAGAAGGACUGGUGAGGGAUCAGAUUGUCCUGAGCUUCUGGGUCAUAUCAAGAUAAGCUACAGCUUGUCAAUUGACAUCAAAGGUUGAAAUAUUUAGCAUUUUGUCUAACCCCUUUCUUAAAACCUUAACCCAAUUCUCCUAAUCUGUUACAAAAAGUAAAUUUUGACAAGCUGUAUCCCUUUUAGAUAAAACAAGCUUCUGGUUGCUGUCCUUAGAGUCCCUGUCUUGAGUGUGGCAUGAAAGGAGCAAUAACAGGGAUGUGGGUAGUGACAGUUUGGCUGAUCUGAUGCAUUUCAGAAAAUUGUGCAUUUUUAUUUUUUGUUAAGCCUGUGGUUCACAGAUACACCAAAGUGUGGCUGAAAUCAAUUCAAAUCUGAAACGAUCUAAUCUAAAAGAUAAACUUGCAGAGCAGCACAUUGGUGAAGAUUGGAUUUACCAAUGGUUUCAUGUGCUUUGUUUCACUGUUAGCUGCAGCCACUGUGUUCUCUCUGUCAUCAGAUUAUACUAUGACCUGAUCCAGUAGUCAGAUGACAAUUGAAAGCAAAAGUGAAUAUGAAGGUUGUCCUGCUGAUCACUUCAAAUGCAACUCGCCAUGUAAACUGAUUCUGAAUGACUAACAUCUUUAAAUCCCAACACUUAGCUUGGUUUGUUUGGGUGGGGGUGUUCUAAUAAAACACUGCAAUAUCUAGGGUGGAGGAUGCUCUCAUUGCUUCUCUCUAGUCAAACCAUGAAGGUGUCAAAUUGAGUUGACAGUGGAAUUUAUGAAAAGGUUGCCUUUGUAUGAUUGGCUAUAAUGCCUUAUCUCCCCUUUCUAGUAGAAUUGCCUUUUUGGAGUGUGGUUACGUAUGUAAUUUUGUCACAUCCAACUUCUAAAUCAAACAAAUCGGUUCAUCUGCCUUUUCAUCAAGGAACACUGAAAUGGAAAUAAACCAAAUUCAUGUCAUGUUGGCAGACAUUUUCUUUGAACAAAAAUAACUCCGUCUUGUAAUUAAGUGCUGAAAAUGUCCUGCAUAAUUUCUGAUGGUGUAUGUAUAGCAUACCAUUGAAAUCUUGAUACAGAAAUGCAUGUUUACAUAUCUCCUACCAGUAGGAGGACCAAUAUAAUCUCAAAUCCAACUUUAUAGAGCAAUUUGAGACUUAUUUACAGAUUUUGAAGAAUUGAAUGCACGGAUGCCAAAAAAAUAGUGCACUGAAAUGUAAUGGUAGCCUUAUGCAACGUUGAAUACUUUACGUAUACUGUAUAUGCUCACCAGAAAAGUGUUCAUUAGAUAUUGUGCAACUUUGAUAAAAUGUCUGAAAUUUUAUUUUUGUAUGAUAUGCCUGAUUAGUUUUAUAUUAAUUUCAGUUAAUCAUUCCAAAGUUUUUUUCCCAUGAUUUAUCCACAUGAACGAUACCCCACAUUCAACUACUCCCAUACAAGACAUACUGAAUUCCAGCAGGUCUUUUAAAGGUGUGAGUUUCAUUAAAUCAACUAUGUAAAUAUAGCUACGUCGCCUUUUGUUCCUGGUGAAUUCAACGUGGGUUGGUCUACAUUGUCAUACAAAAUGUGCUUGCGUCUGGUGUUAAUGUAUAUUUGACUAAAUAAAAGGUCUCUUCCAUAUGGAACAGAAACUGUA